AUGCCAGCCACAACACAAGAGACAAUCAGUCUCUCGAGCACAAAUGUCAUCAUCCACCCGCUAGUGCUUCUCUCCGUCACAGACCAUGCUUCGAGAUCUGCGUCAGGUUCGCGCAAGCGAGUUGUCGGUGUGUUGCUCGGCCAGGAGCUCAACAAUGGCAAAACCAUCAACGUCGCCAACUCCUUUGCAGUACCCUUCGAAGAGGACGAGAGGGAUGCUAAGACGUGGUUCUUGGAUCACGACUACAUCUCCGGGAUGAUGGAGAUGUUCAAAAAGGUCAACGCACGCGAGAAGAUGGUGGGGUGGUAUCACACGGGGCCGCGACUGCGUUCUUCGGAUCUGGAGAUCAACGAGCUGAUGAAGCGCUUCAUCCCACGACCGGUGAUGGUCAUCGUCAACCCGAGGCAGCGCGACGUGGGCAUCCCGACCGACGCCUACUUUGCGGUGGAGGAGAUCAAGGACGACGGCACAGCGACGCAGAAGACGUUCAUGCACGUCCCCAGCACCAUCGAGGCAGAGGAGGCGGAGGAGAUCGGCGUAGAGCACCUGCUGCGUGACAUUCGCGAUACGACGGCGGUGGGGACACUCUCGACGCGCGUUGCGAGCCAGCUGUCCAGUCUGCGAGGAUUGCAGUCGCGGCUGCUCGAGAUUCGUGACUACCUGCAAGCCGUGGUGGAGGGCAAGCUUCCGGUCAACCAUCAGAUCAUCUAUGAUCUGCAGGACAUCUUCAACUUGCUCCCAGAUCUGGACAAGAACAGCGAAGCAGCCAAGUCGUUUGCGGUGGACAACAACGAUCGACUGCUUGUCGUAUAUCUGUCGAGUCUCAUCCGUGCCGUCAUUGCUCUGCAUGGCUUGAUCGACAACCGACGCGAGAACGAGAAGGGCGAGGAGGAGGCAUCAAACACGCUCACCAAUGGCACUGCGGCAGGCAGCAAGGAGGCUGGAGAGGAUGCGAAGAAGGACGACGCGAAAGCCGAGAAGAAGAAGGAUUAG